CGCGUACUACUAACUUUGGUAGGCAACACAGAGGAGACAAAAAGAAAGAGAGCCCAGACUGUCCUGAUAAAUAGUCGGGUGCCUCUCAGUACGACGCCUGUGGCGGUUCCUCCUAACCCCCAGUGCACUAAGUACAAACCACAGAGGGAACAUCAAGGUUCUCUUCCACAACCACCAUGGCGCCGUCUUACAUGCUGCUCGAUCAAAGGGCUUACCACCCAGCCGGACCGCAUCUAAUGAAACGUGAUCUAAGCGUCACUCAUGCUCAGGCCGUGACCCUUGGGGUGAUGGGCGCAUAUGUCGUUGUCAUCGCAUUACUCUGGAACUUGCCUUAUCUUCGCUAUUCGCUCUGGCCCUUCAAGAUGCUGGUCAUCGCCUUCCACGAGUUCGGCCACGCCAUCACCGCAUGCUGCACCGGUGGCCGCGUUAAAAGCAUCUCCCUGGAUCCGCACGAAGGUGGAGUCACGCACAUGUCCGGCGGAAUCAGCGCCGUGACCCUGCCAGCCGGCUAUCUGGGCUCGUCGAUCAUCGGAUCGUUGCUGAUAUUCGCCGGGUUCGAUAUCGUCGCCAGCAAGGUGGCCAGUAUUGUAUUGGGGGUGUGCUUCUUGCUGACCCUCUGGUGGGCACGCAAGGAUUGGCUCACGAUCGUCACCAUUCUUCUGGCGGUGGGACUGCUGGUUGCGUGCUGGUUUAUUGCCCACGGGCAGGCGCUUAAAUGGGUGGUGCUCUUUAUUGGUGUCAUGUCUGCGCUCUAUAGCGUUUGGGAUAUUUGUGAUGACUUGAUCCUUCGCAAAGUCAACACUUCGGACGCCAGCCAGUUUGCCAAGAGGUAUGGUGGCUCGUCGCAGUGCUGGGGAGUUCUCUGGUCCUUCGUCUCCCUCGCCUUCAUCGCGAUCGCAAUCAUUGCUGCUAUAGCAGCGUUCCGUGAAUCGUUCACUCAGCAGGAGAAGGACUCCCAGCACUUUAUCCCGACCCGCUGAUUUGGACUUGCACAAGUUCGUUUUGUAUUGCUACUCUGAUGACUUAUGAGCUUUUGCGCGUCGAAUACCCCCAUCGGAAAGGAACGUCGGCAGUUGUGCAUCUGGCCGUGUUGGUGUUUUAUUAGCGUUUUGUCUUUGCAUCUGCUGGGCAGAUGAGAAUGAUUAGUGUUAUGACCUAGAUAGUAAGCUUCCAAGUUAAGUUGUUGCAAUGCUGCAUUCGAUCUUCA